GGCGGGGAGAGGGGAGUCCACGAACUUUGUGACUCAGCCUCGGCGACCCGCAGUGGCAUUCCUGUGUGCGCCGCGGGCAGGCCAGCCUCUCUGGCCCCGGAGGAGGGGGCGCCGCCGAGAGAAGAAGCCGCCGCAGGCUGCAGAGUCGCCGACCGCGCCGCUCGCAGGGAGACCCCGAGCUGCUUACACGGCUUCGCGCGCACCGGAGGGCGGGAGACGGGUCCGCGGGCAUGGGCCGCUUCUCGCUGGAGCCGCUCAGCCUCCCCGGCCUGGCCCUGGCCACGGCCCUGCUGCUCCUGGCCCUGUGCCUGCGCGCCCGGCGCACCAGGAGACCGGGUGAGCCUCCAUUGAUAAAAGGUUGGCUUCCUUAUCUUGGAAUGGCCCUAAAAUUCCAGAAAGAUCCCUUGAAUUACAUAAAAACUCUUCAAAAGCAGCAUGGUGACAUUUUCACUGUUCUCCUUGGGGGGAAGUACAUAACAUUUAUCCUGGACCCUUUCCAGUACCCGUUAGUGUUGAAAAAUCACAAACAAUUAAGCUUUCGAGAAUUUACUAAUAAAUUAUUAAUGAAAGCAUUUUCCAUCAAGAAGUUGUCAGAGAAUGAUGAAAUGAAUGAUGAGCUUCACCUCUGCUAUCAACUUUUGCAAGGCAAAUCUUUGGACACACUCUUGGAAAACUUAAUGCAGAAUCUAAAACAAGUGUUCGAAGGCCGACUAUUAAAAACCACGAGUUGGGAUACGGCACAAUUGUUUACAUUCUGCAGCUCAAUAAUAUUUGAGAUCACGUUUACAACCAUCCACGGAAACAUUCUUGCUGGCAACAGAAAAAAACUUAUUAGUGAGCUAAGAGAUGAUUUUUUAAAAUUUGAUGACAAGUUCCCAUAUUUAGUAUCUGACAUACCCAUUGAGCUUCUAGGAAAUACCAAGUCUCUUCAGAAGAAACUCAUAAAAUGCUUAACCUCAGAAAACUUAGCUAAGUUGCAAGGAUGGCCAGAAGUUUUUCAAAUGAGGCAAGAUAUCCUGGAGAAAUACUAUGUGCGUGAGGACUUUGAAAUAGGAGCACAUCAUUUAGGCUUUCUCUGGGCCUCUGUGGCAAACACUAUUCCAACUAUGUUCUGGGCAAUGUAUUAUCUUCUGCAGCACCCAGAAGCUAUGUCAGCGGUGCGUGACGAAAUUGACCGUUUGCUACAGUCAACAGGUCAAAAGAAAGGGUCUGGAUUUUCCAUCCACCUCACCAGAGAACAAUUGGACAGCCUGAUCUGCCUAGAAAGCACCAUUCUCGAGGCUUUGAGACUGUGCUCAUUUUCAACCACCAUUCGUUUCGUGCAGGAGGAUUUGACUCUCAAUUCAGAGAUCAAGGACAGCUGUGUACGAAAGGGAGACUUGGUAGCCAUCUUUCCUCCAGUCUUGCAUGUUGACCCUGAAGUCUUUGAAGCUCCAGAGGAGUUUAGAUAUGAUCGUUUUAUAGAAGACGGUAAGAAGAAAACCACCUUUUAUAAAAGAGGAAAAAAGCUGAAGUGUUACCUAAUGCCAUUUGGAUAUGGAGCCAGCAAAUGUCCAGGCCGAUUUUUGGCAGUUAUUGAAAUAAAGCAAUUGUUGAUUGUACUUUUAACUUACUUUGAUUUAGAAAUAGUUGAUAAUAAGCCUAUAGAACUAAACUACAACCGCAUAAUGUUUGGUAUUCAGCAUCCAGAUUCUGAUGUUUUAUUUAGGUACAAGGUAAAAUCUUAGAAAAGCUAAAACAAAAGAAAAGAAAUCUAUCAAAAUUAACAAAAAGGUCCUAAGAUCAUCUAUUUGUUUUUAAUUUCUGCAUAUGUAAUUGCUUUAUUUGUUUAAAACGUGCCAAUUUCUAUUUGAUCUGAGAUCAGUCCAGUUUGUACUUGGUCACAAAGCCUAUCAUAAAAUAAAACAGGAUGGUGGCAUGAAAAUUGACAUCAAAAUAAAAUUAAUGAUAAGCUCAAAAUAGUUAUUUUUUGUUUCUGUUUAUUGUAAUUUUCACCUGUUAUAAUAAACGUACCUUCCCAGCAAUGGAUUUGGCACUGUGAGAUUUUUCAAGUCACUCAAAUUCUUCUCUAAUAUGUAAAAAUACACUUUGUGUACUACUGGAAAAUUGUGCUGAAAAUGGACACAGUCUAACGAAUUCCAAAUUCUCAGAGAAGAAGGAAAUUAAAUUUCCAUGAGCUACACUAGAUGAAAAUGUUCCUUUCAAGUAUAAUAUCAAUAAUAUCUGUGUUGCCAGGGUACGUUUGCAUUAAAUGAGUUUUGCAGUAGAUUAAAUGCUUCAAUUUUACUUCAAUAUUUAAUCAUCCAUAAAUGCUCUUUAUUAUUUUGUAUACUAUGGCUCAAUAGAACAAAAUUUCUUGUUAUAUAAGACCUCUCAUGUUCCGGUUAGAUACUGAUAAGAUUUAGUGUAUAAGAAAACACAAAAUUUGUUAUAUAUUCAGCAACUGUUCUAGAGAGUAGUAUCAGGUUUAUUUUAAUAGCAAAUGUUGAAAUCAUUACAGCAUUGGUUGUAGCAUUUGGCUAUAGUGUUAACUAUAAGGGUUAUGCCAAUAUUGUAAUUAACCUUUCCUAAGUGCUUCCAUUUAUAUAAACUGAGAAACUAGGUAGCAGUAUUUGCUUGAUGAGAUGACAUCUCAUCUUUUGGGCAUGGAGUUUGUGCGUAUUAUUUUGAAUUACAAUAUUAUGUAAUGCAAUAUAAUUUCAUAUGACAUGCACCUUUGUGUCAAUGAUUCAAAGAUUGUCUAAGAGUACCAAGUGAUUGGCAUCUGAUGUAAAUGAUGGUACAAUAUAUAAACAGGCAAGGCAGGUAAUAAAGCCCAGAUAAUUCCUGCUGCAUUAA